AUGGGAAUGACCGGAGUACCAUAUACCGACGGUGGGAAAGCAGCAUAUAAGACAGGGGCCUUCCCUGACCCAUCAAACCGGCGGAAACAUGAGAAAAAGGGAUUGAAUGCUUUCGCCAUGCUCUCCAUGUCCAGCUACCCCAUGAGCAACGCAAAGACGACACGGAGCGCGACCUCCAUGGAGGGGUUGACUUUCCAGAACACCACACGAGCCAGACUUGACGCGGUCAAAGAGACGACACCGCCGGGCCUCUCGCCAAUGCAACGAUUCAUGGCCGAGGACAUCCAAGUUCAGCCGUGGAACGGCCUGAGUUCUGGCCUCGCCCACCAUGUCACCCCACGCAAGAGAAGCCCAGCGAGCAGCACACGAAAAACGUGGUCCAUCCUCGCAAAUCCAUCGUCAACAGAUGGCUCAGUGUCGAGAGUCGAUGCAGUAGACUCCGGCCUCGCUGUAUCUCAACGUCCCAGCGGUCAAGCAACCGGCCUCUCCCGAGGAGAACACCAGGAGAAGCGCCUAGUUGCCGAUGACCUGAAGUACGUCGGUCAGAUCUUUGUAGAGGGCAAGUGGGAAAAAGAGACAGCGGGCCCACAUGAGCAAGGGAAUCAAUCUGGUAGCUUGACAAGCAAACCAUCCGCGAUGGAUGAGAGUGGCGUCGGGCAAUGGGUACAGGUCUAUUCAGGUCAACGCUUUGAUCCAUGA